AUGCCAGCAAUCCGCCUCCGCCCAUCCGUACAAACCCACAACCCCUUCGCAAGCACCUGGUCCCUAAGCCCCGACAACAGCAACACGGACCCCCAGCCACCGAACCAAAUCCAGCCCCCCGGCCCCCUAAUCACCGCAAUGGUGGGCAUCGCCGUGAUCUUGAGCGCUCUUGCCCUGAUCAUGUUUGUGGUUCUCAUGGCGAUGAUCGCCUUGCGCGCGCAGCGUGAGUCGAGGGAUUGGGAGUGGUUGUUUGAGGGCGUGGAUGAGUUGGAUGCUGAGGAUGUAGAUGAUGUGCUGCUUGGUGCUGAGGCUACGGAGCGUACGAGCCUUCUUGCGGAGUGCAAGAGGCCGCUUGUGCCUGCGAAGAAGUGCAAUUUUGGCAGACCGAACCGUGCCAAGAGUGCUUGGAAGGAGAGGUGCAGCUUUGUCCCGCUUCAGAGCAUUGAUGAGGAGGUUGAGGCAGUAGAGUAG